AUGUAACCUCGUGAAGAAGAAUAUAAUAUAAUACCUUUCUGCCCUAUACUUCACCCAACUAUGGAGGAAUUUAGCAAUUUCUAAAACUAUAUAGAAUAAGUAGAAAAUAAAUAUUCAAAAGACCAUGGAAUGGUUAAGGUUGUUCCUCCUAAGUAAUGGAAAGCUAGAUAAUAAGAUUAUGCUUAGUCUUUAGAAGAUAAAAUGAUAAGCGACCCUAUAGAAUAAAAUCCUUAAGGAAAAGGAGGUAUAUAUGAAUGUGUCCAUAUAAUGAGAAAGUCAAUUCCUAUACGAGAAUAUAGAAAAAAAGCAAUUAUAUUUAAUCAUUUUACAGAAGGAAAAUCCAUUGAGACAGUUGAAAAUUUAUUUUGGAAAAACAUAUCAUUUAGUCCACCCUUAUAUGGAUCAGAUAUUCAAAUGUCGAUUUUUGAUGACGGAGUUUUAUGGAAUUUAAGAAAUUUAGAUUCAAUCUUAGCAAAAGGAUUAAAUAAAACAUUAUAAGGCGUUAAUACUCCAUAUGUCUAUAUUGGAUGCUGGAAAACUAUGUUUGCUUGGCACAAGGAAGAUUUAGAUUUAGGGGCAAUAAAUUACUUACAUUAUGGAAAACCAAAAUUUUGGUAUUGUGCUCCUAGAGAUGAUGGAUAAUAACUAGAAGAUAUCGCUAAAAGUAUUUUCUCUGAAAAUUAUAAUAAAUGUCAUUAAUUUUUAAGACAUAAAACUAGUGUUAUAAAUCCUUAUUAACUAGUAAAAAAAUCUAAUCUAAAAAUUAGACUUACUAAAAUGGCCUAAAAAGAAGGAGAAUUUAUUCUUGUAUUUGGAGGGGCUUACCAUUCUGGUUUUAAUUGGGGUUAUAAUAUUGCUGAAGCAGUAAAUUAUGGAUCUUUUAAUUGGUUAAAUAUAUUCCCUUUGUAUUAAUAAUGUAAUUGUAAUUCUGAUAAUGUAAGGCUUAACCCUAAAGAGUUUAUUUAAACUUUACUUAAAAACAGUCCUGAUUUAAAAAACGUAAAUGCAAUUAAAAGAUUUAAAUAAUGGGCUAUAUCAUAAGAUGAAGAAGAAAAAUUUAUGUUUUCAAGCGAUAAUGAGUAUUAAGAUAUGAAUCAUAAUAAAAAUAAAAAUAGAAACAAAAAUAUAAAGACUAGAAGUAAUAAAAAAUUAAAAAUGAAAUCGAAUAAAACAACAGGAGUAAAAAAAAUGAUACAUAAAGUCUGA